AAUUAAUUUUGAAUCGUCGUUGUCUCUGUGGAAGGCCGUGUCCCUUUUGCUGGAGGAAGCGUGAUACCUGACAAGACCUCACAUAAAAAGACGAGCCCUGUUCCAUUUCGAACGGUCGGACCAAGAGCACUGCUGCUCAGCCUGAUAGAGGGAGAAGAGAGCGAGAGAGAGGUGGAGGAGGAGAUGGGGAGGGUUGGUUUGGCAUGGAAACUCUUGCUGGUGACUGUGCUUGUCGCCGCAGGUGUUGCACGAGCAGCCGGCCGUGGUCUUGCCGUUCCAGCGAUGAGGGGCCCCGGCUUUCUGUAUACAAUGAGCAGGGGUAGAUGUACGCCAGAAUACUGGAGCAGCAGGCGAGAGGCGUGGCCGAAGAUGGUGCCUCUAUCGUCGUCGGUGUCGAAGAUUUUCGGAUGGCAGACACUGGAGAGGUACCAGUCUGAGCUCACCCUGCUGGAGGCGACUAACCGGAACGACGACAACAACGCGUUCGUGCACCUGCUCAGGGAGUCCUCGGCAGCGCUCCUCAACUCCUACUCCCGGAAGGGCUUUCCCUACCCUUCCUGGAAAGUGAAGUCGCUUCUCCUCCAAGGAUUGGUCUCCGAAAGGGCAGCCACGGAGCAGGCUUCUCGCUUGUCUGCGGCCAACCAGGACUGUGAUUAGGGCGGGAGUGUUGGGACAUUUUUUACCUUUAAAUCCUGAUGGGUAGCGGCGUGGGAAAUCGCUCUUCUUAGGUAAUACUCCAUGAUAUUUGCCUGUACAUUCUGGUUUUCUUCUUGUGGGCUUUUGUUGUCUUGGAAGUUGUUGUCAGUCAUUGUGAUGAAGAAUGGUGUGAACCAACCCGUCCUUAAACGGGAUAGAUAAUCUGCAGUUCAAGCUUGCUGUGAA